AUGGCAGACUUUCGGCUCGACCCUGAUCCUGGCAAGGAUGAAGAAAGGAUCCUUUCUGCCCCUGUCGUCCAAGCAUCCGACACAGCUCUUAACACAUUGAUAUCCAUCAAUGAAGACUUCACCCAACUUCACGCCUAUCAAGCUGUACACGAAAUCAAGACCCAAUGGCCUGACCUGCGCGCAACUGACUUCACCGCACGUAAGAUCAAUGAUCUGUUUCAAUUCUUACGUCAAGGAAACAUCCUCGUACAAAAAAGCCACCUUCGCGCCUUCAUAGUCGCCUGGAACGUCCUCGAUGCCAACUUCCCAAGCUUGGAUGCAACUAAGCAGGCAAAGUUGAUCCGUGAUAUGGUGGUUUCUCAACUUGGUGCUGUCGGGAAAGAAGCCACUGACGGUGAUGAAAUGAAUACCAUCAGUACUGCUCGCACAAAGAUCGGUGUCGACGUCGAAGAGUACUUCCAGAAUCUCUUUCCAGAAAGUCCGAGCCCCUCUCCAAGGCGAACAAGAAGUUGGUCCGUCAGCGUCAGUUGA